AUGGUCCAACUGCAUAACUCUUUCUUUUUCAUUACUUCCAUGUUCGUGCCUCGUGGCACGGCAUCACCCGCACUAUGGAAAUGGUUCGUCAGUAGAGAGAUUCCCACAGGUGCCCCUUCUUCCAAUGGUACUAUAAUUCCUAUUCCUAUCCCUUCAUUCCCUCUUUUGGUCUAUCUACAUUCCAGGAAAUUCAUACGCUUCAUAGACAGAGCAAAAAGUGGAGUCUUGGUCAGAGCAAGCCACCCUAUUAUUCUAUUAUCAGACAUAAUUCGGAUAAGCUCAUCCGAAACUAUAGCUAGAAGGGCCUCAUUUCGUUUCGUUCCCGUUCUUCAUUUCCUUCUUCUCGAAUCCAAGGGGGACAUCUCAUAUUUAGAAUCUUUCUGCGGUGUGCUCCGUUUACUAUUCUUUCGUACUCUCUUAUCUUUACCACGCGAUAGGUCAGCGAAGCGUGAGCGGGCGCGGAGAAGGAAAGGCCAAGCACUUCGGCCUAACGGGAAUGAGCAACGACGAAAUGACAAGAUGAGGUGCCCCGGGCACCCCCAUUUAGAAAGAAGGGUCGAAGGUUUUGGGCCUGUAGCUUUCCCCGUCCCCCCUUCGUCGGGUGGUGCUUGUGUGGGGGGUGUGCCGCCAGAAAUCGGGCUUGAAGCUCUCGCCUUACCAACGAGCCGACAGCUGAGGGCUGUUGGUGACGACUACUACCAAAAAGCUCCAAUGAAGAUGAAUAUUUCACAUGGAGGAGUGUGCAUCUGUAUGUUGGGUGUUCUUCUGUCUAAGACAAAGAAGAUACAGUUCACUCAACGAUUGCCUUUGGGUUCCGAACUCCAUAUGGGGAAGGAGCGUUGUUGUUUGCGAGGUAUCGAUCAUUUACAUGGACCCACUUCUCAUUCUAUUUGUGGGAAUUUUAUGAUCUAUAAACGGUCCCUAACGACCGAUCGGCUCAUGUUUGAGCAUGAUGAAUCACUUCGUGCCGACCUGUUGCCAAUAAAAAACUUUCCGGCCUCAUAUGAGAAUGGAAAACUAAAGCAUUUUCUGCAUCGGUGGAUGAAGAAUCGCAUAAAAAAGAAUUUCUGGUUUACCAUGUUCCCAGAAAAAAGAUACUUUCGAGAAACGACGAGCACGACUGAAGUGGCAAUACAUACAAAUCCACUUACGGAUCUAUAUGCUCCGAUUGGAACUGGAAAUUCCAGAACAAGCGGCUGGUAUACCACCAUAAUGAAACUGCCUUUUAUUUUUUUUAUUCGGAUAGGAUUUAUGAUGGCUUCGUCGGGAGGCUCGCGUAGUUUGUUACGUCAGCUCCAAAAGGAUAAGUUGCGUUGGAAUCGAGAAAGUUCCGUGGAGUUCAUAAUUGCAAUAAAUGCAAGGAGUCAAAGUAGUGGCUGCGACGCGUCGAGGCACUUCUUCGACGGUCCCCGUCCGCCCGGCCUGCCGGCCCGCUCUGAAGAAUUCAUGGGCCGGCAGGCGGGCGAGACAGAAUGGGCGGGCACUACUAACCAAGCCAAGCCUAGUUCUCGCCGAUAG